CUCAGUACCAGUGUGGGACUGGCAUGUUUCUGUUAUCGUGGUUGUCGUCACGCACUGUCUCUCGUGGCUCACGUAUCGCCACAUAGAAAACCCACUCAGAGCGAGAGUCUUCCUUUUGUUAAGGCUAUAAAAAGAAAUGCAUCUCCCUUGGCAUCUUGGUCCCGUUUUUUAAGACAACCAAAAGGGAUCCAACACGAGGCCCAAGAUGGAUGUGGAUGUCUUACAGUUCUAAUUUUGACAGAUUGCCUGGAUUACUUCAGGCUUCGAAACAGUUCUGUUUCAAGAACGUCUUCAACAAGUGGACUCGGAGAUGAAUCAGCAUCACCAGGGAUGAAGAAGUCUCCACCUCCUACUGAAGAACCGACAGUGACG